AUGGAGUUGGCCAACGAUAAUGCUAUUGCUGUCCGAUUCUCGGAUUCCAUAUGCCCGAAUGAAGGCGCUUAUCAGCCAUCCCCAACGUGUGAGGCUAAGAUGGGUAGUGGAGCAUCAAAGGCUGAUACAGAAUUAGUGAAAUUGUGUAGGGAGAGGAAAGAGUUCAUAAUUGCUGCCAGGGAUUCUCGUGAUUCCCUGGCAUUUUCCCAUAUGAUGUUCCUUGAAUCUAUGCAGAAUGUACAAAUUGAACUAAAAAACUUCAUGGAGGAAGUUCUCGUGAUUCGUGUUGAUUUAGAUUCUGAUGCAGGUUUCCAUCAUCUGCCGAUCGAUGUAGCCACCGAUUCCGAGAAUUCUUCUUUGAAAUCUCAUAGCGAUGAAGAUGAAGAUGAACUUCUCCCACUAAAUAAUCGUGCAGAUGAAGUUCUGAAGCCACCAGAAACUCAGUCAGAAAAUGCGAGCGGACAAAUGCCACCAUCAGAUGAUUUCGUCGCCCCUCCUAAGAAGAAUGAGAUCUCAAAAGGAGUUUCAGCAUAUAAAGCGUCGAGUAACUCUGCCGUGGUUAAAUACGAGAGAUGGGAUUCUUCAGAUCAUAGGAUGGAUCUUCCACUAGAUAAUUUUAGUCCAUCACAGAAUUUUGGGUUUGAUCAGGAUACUAAUGGGACAUCUCUUGGUCUCAGAACUGAUUAUUCUGUUGCAAACACGAGGUUCUUUCAGCAUGAGCGAGGACCACCAGAGCAUUACAUGAUGGAUAUUCCAUCAGAUGAUGCUGAUAACUAUUGGAUCCUUUUUGGUCAUCCAUCAUCAAGGCAUCUGGGCCAAGAGGUGUCAACUUGGGAUUAUAUAAAUCCCUUUAAUGUGGUUGAGGAUAUUUUUCCUAGUUUUUAUCCACAUGGUAGUCGUUUAGUUGAUUACAUGGGCAAUGAUAUGGAUUUAAGUGAAAUGGGAGAUAGUGAGGAGGGUAUUCCGGACCUUGAAGAUGAGCUCGAUGAUCCAAUUCUGGAGGAUUCUUUGGGAGAGGGAAAUUUAAACAGAAAUGAAAAUUCAGAAGAGUGUCUUUCUGAGGAGGUAGCUGUGAAGGAUGCGAAUGAUGAUUGUCUCAACCAGAAAGCAGAAUUGGGGAGCUCUGGAGAUGGCCAAACAAAUAUCAGGAAUGAGAAAAUCGAUGAGACUGAAAAAGAAAAAGAAUUGGGGAGCUCUGGUGAUGGAUCAACAAGCACUGGUGAUGGGCCAACAAAUAUCAGGAAUGAGAAAAUUGACGAGACCGAAAAAGAAGAUUCUGGACAUCGGCCCACCUCUUCUGAACCAGAUUUGAAGGUGAAAGAGAUGGAAGAAUCUGAGAUUUGUAAUGGGGAAGAAGAUUCUUUCCACAAGGAGAUGGAGAAAUCAAAAGCUCGUGAAGGACAACUCUCAUCUUCUCAAACGGAUGAAAGUUUGGUGGAAAUUGUGUCAAAAUUAUCUGCCAAUAGCUUAAGUGAUCUGCGAGAAGUUGUCACUGAAAUCAAGGUUGCAUUUCAUGACAUUAUUGUCCACGGGAAAAAUGUCUCCAAUAUGCUUGGCCCAUGUCAUCCUGGCAUUGCUGUAAACAAGGGACUCUCUUGCUCUUCCUGCAUUGAGGACUUGGCAGCCUCACCCAGAGAAGUAUCAUCAAGGCCAACUUACAGAAUGCUAAAAAUGACAAUGGAUAGUAAUGAGAACCUUGACAAUGAACCCAUCACGACAUCAAACAGCUUUACAUUGACUCUUGAAAAGCUGUGCAUUUGGGAAAAUAAACUUUAUGAGGAGGUUAAGAAGGAAGAAAAACUCAGACACAACUUUGACAAAGAGUGGAGAAAGCUGAAGAAGCUCGACGAUAAAGGUGCGGAGUCCUCCAAGGUCGAUGCUUGCAACUCUGAACUCAAAAGAUUGACUGCAAUAAUAAAUGUUUCAGUCUCAACUGUCGAGGGGGUAGCAAAAAGGACACACAUGAUAAGGGAUGAAGAGUUGCAUCCCCAACUCUGUGAAUUGAUUCAGAGAGUGCACACAAUGUGGAAAUACACUUUCGAAUCCCACAAGAAGCAAGUCCAGGCCAUCUCCAAAACCCAAGCUAAGGUCACGGCCACCACUUGCAAGGCCCACGACUCAGGCUUGAAGGCCACCGAGAAUCUCGAAGCCUCGAUCCACAAUCUUUGCACAGCUUUCUCCGAGUGCGCCAAGAGCCACCGAGCACUUGCACUGCACCUCAACAACUGGCUCUCCAAAUUCCUCCCCCAAAAACCCGAACAAACACCACAGCUUUUUGCCAUGUGCAGUGAAUGGCACAAUUCACUCGAGAUAGUCUCUGAGAAAGACGUGCUGCAGGCUCUAAACACCUUUGGACAGCUCUUGCGCCAGCUGUGCAUGGACAUGCGAGAUGAAGGGCGUCAGAGAAUGAGGAUCGGAUACUUGUUGGGCUAUCAUGACCGGAAACUGAGGAGCUUUUGCUUGCGGAAUGGGCUGGACUUGGAGAAGUGUGCGUCUUUUAUCAAGGAGAUGGGCCCGGGCUUCGAGACGGGCUUUUCGUCCCUUCACGGGCUGUAUGCAGACUUGAAGCCGAUUAGGAUAAAGCUUGCUGAGGCACGUGUGAAGCAUGAAGAGGCGUUGGUAAGGAUUCGUGCUUCUGGAGUGGGAAUAAUACGAGAUGGGAUUUCCCCAGUUUUUGAAGCUCUCGAGAGGUUUAGCCUGGGGAUGUUGAACGCUUUCCAGCAAAUCAGGACCCUUAGUUGAGAAUUAGAGUUUUUUUUUUUUUUUUUUU